AUGUCUUCUACAUCUGUUACAACUAUAACUGGAAUUACAGUAGAUGAUAUUCGUUUUCCAACAUCUAAACAACUCGAUGGUAGUGAUGCUAUGUCACCUGAUCCAGAUUAUUCAUCAGCCUAUGUAAUUCUUCAUACUGAUAAUCCAUUACUUGAAGGUCAUGGUCAUUCAUUUACAAUUGGUCGUGGUACAGAAAUUAUUUGUGUUGCUAUAAAAGCUCAUACGCAUUUACUUGUGGGUCAUACACUUGAAGAAUUUAUUUCAAAUCCUGGUGCUUUUUGGCGUCAUUUAACAAAUGAUUCUCAACUUCGUUGGAUUGGACCUGAAAAAGGUGCAAUACAUUUAGCUUUAGGUGCUAUUGUUAAUGCUCUUUGGGAUUUAUAUGCUAAACGUGAAGGAAAACCAUUAUGGAGACUUGUAUCAGAUUUAACACCUGAACAAUUUUUAAAAUGUAUUGAUUUUCGUUAUAUAUCUGAUGCAAUAACACCUGAUGAAGCAUUAAAUAUGUUAAAAGAACUUGAAACAACAAAAUCUGAACGUAUAAAACAACUUGAAGAACAAGGUUAUCCAGCUUAUACAACAUCUGCUGGUUGGUUAGGUUAUUCUGAUGAAAAAAUUCAACGUUUAUGUCGAGAAGCUAUUAAUGAAGGUUUUACACAUUUAAAAAUAAAAGUUGGUCGAGAUUUACAAGAUGAUAUUCGACGAUUAAAAAUAAUUCGUCAAGAAGUUGGAUAUGAUAGACGUAUUAUGGUUGAUGCUAAUCAAGUAUGGGAUGUUGAUCAAGCUAUUGAAUGGAUGAAACAGUUAGUUGAAUUUUGUCCAUAUUGGAUUGAAGAACCAACAUCACCAGAUGAUAUUCUUGGUCAUGCUCGAAUUUCACAAGCACUUCAAUCAUAUAAUAUUGGUGUUGCUACAGGUGAACAUGGAAUGAAUCGAGUUUUAUUUAAACAAAUGUUACAAGCAAAUGCUUUACAAUUUUGUCAAAUUGAUUCAUGUCGUUUAGGUGGAGUUAAUGAAGUUUUAGCUGUACUUUUAUUAGCGGCUAAAUUUCAUGUACCGGUAUGUCCACAUGCUGGUGGUGUUGGUUUAUGUGAACUUGUACAACAUUUAUCUAUGAUUAAUUUUGUUGCUGUUACUGGAACAUGGGAAAAUUGUGUUACAGAAUUUGUUGAUCAUUUACAUGAACAUUUUGAAGAUCCUUGUAUUAUUAAAAAUGGACGAUAUGUCACACCAAGUCGACCAGGUUAUAGUACUCAAAUGAAAGAAAAUAGUCGACAACAAUAUUCAUUUCCGAAUGGACCUAUUUGGAAAACAAAUACAUAA